AUGCUACAUCCUCAAUCAACAGAAAUUUCAUUCAAGUUAAACAAUGGUGUUAGUGUACCAGCUUUAGGGUUAGGUACUGCGUCUCCUGCCGAUAGAUAUUCCGAAACAAAGGAAGCUGUCAAAGCUGCUAUCAAAGCUGGUUAUAGACAUAUUGAUACAGCUUGGUGCUAUGGAACUGAGCCAUAUAUUGGCGAAGCCCUUAAGGAAUUAUUCCAAGAAGGAGAAAUAAAGAGAAGUGAUGUCUUCAUUACUACUAAAGUUUGGCCUGUUUAUUGGGAUAAAGUGAGUGAAUCCCUGGAUGAAUCUCUUGAAAGAUUAGGUAUUGAUUAUGUUGAUAUGUUUUUACAUCAUUGGCCACUCUGUUAUCCUAAAGUUGAGGAUCUAGUCAAUGGUAUUAGUGAUUUAUCUAGAAAUCCAGUGGAUUCUAUGAAUAACCCAAUUUAUGAUCCAAAGGGUGAUUGGUUACAAACUUAUAAAGAUAUGGAAAAGAUCUAUUUAGACCCAUCCGAUCAUAGAGUUAGAUCAAUUGGUGUCUCUAAUUAUCCAGUUGAAUACCUUCAAAAGGUUUUGAAUCAGUGUAGUGUUAAACCAGUUGUUAAUCAAAUAGAGAUGCAUCCCCGUUUACCUCAAUUAGAAUUGAACAAAUUUUGUCAUGAUCAUGAUAUUUUGCUAACUGCUUAUUCACCAUUAGGUUCUAAUGGUGCUCCAAACAUUAAGAUUCCAUUAGUUCAAGAAUUAUCUAAGAAAUAUGGCGCCUCUGCUAAUGAUAUUUUGAUAUCUUACCAUAUUAGAAAAGGUAACCUCGUUAUUCCAAGAUCUUUAAACGCUCAAAGGUUAGCUACUAACGUUGGAUUUGUUUUCUUAAGUGAAAGUGAUAUCCAUGAUUUGGAUAAUGUUGGUAAAACUUCUCCUUACAGAUACAUCGAUGAAGACUUUGCUGCUGUUGUCCCCGGAUUUACUGGAAGAGAUAAGGUUGUUGGUUAG